AGGCGACGGUGGAGGCAAGAGAUUUUCCGUUUUCGACUUCAGCGAAGAGGACGAUCGCGUUGAGAAAGUGUCUCGAAGCUUGCUCGGCAAGUUUUCUGCCCGCAAGAGCUCUCCCGUUGCCAAACAUCAGUUUCUCCAAUGCUGUGAGUGCUUCGUUCUACUACUUUUCAAUCGAUAUGGAUGAUUGUGGUGUAGUUUGUUUCGUUGGUUUGAGAGUUAGUGAAAACGGGAAUCGUUUGCAUGCUUUCGGUGUUUGGGAGGCGUGAAUUUGAUCGUUCUGGUUCUGGGAGAUGAGAAUCAACACGGCAACUGAAUGAGAAAGAAUGUUUUCUUCUAUAUGAUUUGGAAAGUUGCAAAAGGUGCUGAAAGUGUAAGCAGGAAUCUUAGCGAUGUGUUCAUUGUUAUUGAUGCUGAAGUUGGAAAAAGUGCCAACACUGAUAGUUUCUCUGAAGAUGUUAGCAACGAACUCAUUCACAAUGAUUCUGAAGUUUCUAUCUCUACUCUGAAUACAAGUCAUCAAAUUAGCCCUGGACCAACAGAUCUUGAUACUGAAGAUACAUGUGCAGAUCGGUCACUCGAAGGUAGUGGAUCUACAAAGCAGGAGAUUUUUGAAACCAAUGAUCAAUUGCUUUCUUGUUCUUCAACCAAUGAGGAUGAUGUGACAGUUGUUUUCCCUGAUUUUGUCAUCUAUGAAGGCAACUGGUGUACAACAUCGAAGUUAAUAUUUUCUUGUACCUGCAUUAAGCUCCAAGGUUCAGCAGUGAGUGGGCUGCAAAGGACAUUUGAUUCCGAAUGGGCUGUCUCUGACGUUGUUGGCAUUGAGUCAGAAUGGUGUAGUAGGGUUGAAACUGCAAUUGUUAAUCUUCGUCUCAAAGGAAAGCACUGCACGAGGGCUGCAAAUUCAAAUGACAUUUCAGGCAUAGAGUUACUGAAGUUUUCUGUUUGUGACCCUCUUUGGUCUGAAAGAGAGAAAGCAAUCAGAACAUUGAAUCUUAGAUAUAAUGACUUAUGGAAUGCAGACUACGAUGACAUGAUCAAAUGGGAGGAAAUUGUUUCCUGGAGACAGAGCGAUGUUUUUUCCCUGAAGCAUUGCUUUUCUGAAUUUGUUGAUACUUUUGAAGAGGUCAUCUAUCCAGAGGGUGAUCCUGAUGCUGUGACCAUUAGUAAGAGAGACCUUGAGCUUCUGAAGCCAGAGACAUUUAUUAACGAUACUAUCAUCGACUUUUAUGUAAAGUAUCUCAAAAAUAAAUUUCUACCGGAGAAAAACAAUAGGUUCUACUUCUUCAAUAGUUUUUUCUUUCGAAAGCUUGUGGACCUUGACAAAAAUUUAUCGAGUGCUUGUGGAGGAAGGGAUGCAUAUCAGCGUGUUCACAAAUGGACAAAGAAAGUAAAUCUUUUUCAAAAGGAUUAUAUCUUCAUUCCUGUUAACUACAGUCUCCAUUGGAGUUUGGUUGUCAUCUGCCAUCCUGGUGAAGUGGUAAAUUUGAAAGAUAAAAAACGUGAUAACUUAUCCAAGGUACCAUGCAUCUUGCAUAUGGAUUCUAUUAAAGGGAGCCACAGAGGGCUGAAGAAUCUUUUUCAAAAUUAUUUAUGUGAAGAGUGGAAAGAGAGGUAUGGUGACGGAGAUGACGACGAGGAUGUUUCUGCAAUGUUCUUAACCUUGCCAUUUUUCCCUCUAGAGUUGCCACAACAGGAAAAUUCAUUUGACUGUGGUCUCUUCUUACUCCAUUAUGUGGAACUUUUUUUGGAGGGUGCGCCAGUUAACUUCAACCCACUCAAAAUCUUGAAGUUCUCAAACUUUCUAAGCCAGAAUUGGUUCCAUCCUAUGGAGGUUUCUCUAAAACGUGCACAUAUACUACAGUUAAUUUAUGAAAUCAUGGUCAGUAAUCAAGCAAAGGAACUUUCUGGUAGCAUUGGUAAAUAUCCUUCUUCCGAUGCCAGUGAUUCUGACCUUGGAGAGGCACAUAUUUUCACAAUGACUCAUUCUGACAAUUUCUCAAGUGUUGGAAAAGAAUUUGGAUCGGUGUAUAAAGUAUCAUCUGAUACAAAUUAUCAACGAAUAGGAAGACAAUCAGGGAGUGUUAUGCCACCUAUUGAGGAAGAGGAGAAGGGUGAAAUAGCUGAUGAAUCACCACAAUGCUUGGAAGAUCGCCACCAAGCUUCGGCAGUUUCUGAAUGUUCAUCAGCCUUCAGCUUUGGCCAACAAUUUACAGAAUUAGAAAUAUCUUGGGAGGGGAGAUUUUCUAGAAACAUAAAAGAUACAGGUAGAACACCGUCACCUCGGCCAUUGCAUCGUGAAUCGCAAACCACAUUCGAAUUGGGGCGAGAUUGCACACCUCAAGAAACAAAGAGUCUGAACCAUCCAACUGAAGCAGAUAAUGAACCAUUGAUCUUAACCAGCUCAAGUGAAGAACUUGUCACUUGUGUAGUAGAAGACUCAGAGGAGGAGGGAAAUGAAAGAAAUGACGGAAUUGAGAUCGACGUUUCUUCCUCCUCAAGGAACAAUUUGUUCCUAUCAAAGCAAGUGGUUGAAUCUACCGCAAACUCAAGUGAUAAUAGACAACAUGAUCUGAUCCUAAGCAAUGAACAUCCAACAUUUGAUUCUAGCAAGCAGCAUUGUUCCAAUAGGCCCAGCUAGAGUUUAGGGUUCAAGGGGAAAUUAAUCCAACUCAUUAGAAGCCAUAUUCUGGAAUAACUGAAAAUUUUCAUUACCUGAUCUUGAAUGACUUAAGAUAGGUUGUAUAUAUGUUUUGGAUAGAAGAAUCUCGUUUCGAUAGCCUUUGUAAAGUUACGGUCUGUUUGUGAAUAUAGGAACUUAAGCAUAUAAUCAUCUUGACACUUGGCUAUAUGGAUUGUAAUGACCCAAGUGGGGAAAAUUCUAAUACCGUAGCCGUAUAGACAAUUUUUCAUACUACCUCCAUUCAUUGUCUGCUACAAAAAUAGAAUUUAAAGAAUUACGUGUGGUUUAC